ACUUGGCUGGCCUAUAGAUGACCAGUCAUCGCUGCAUCCAAAGAUCCCAGAUAAUACAACUCAAUACACCUCUUGGGUGAACGAGAGAGUGAGACAGGGCGCAAGACUGAGAGAGAGCUAGCGCGAAUGUGCGUGUGAAGUGAUGCGAGAGAUGAGAAGUGCCUUACACCUGGAGAGCCUGAUGUGCCUGAGAGAAUGAGUUGAGAGAAGUGAUUAUUGGCAGAUGAGACAGUGGUUGUUUCCAGUCAUGUCUUUUGCUAUUGGGGAAAAUCUGAUUAUCCUGUGUACCUCAGCUGUGUCACUUUAACUUUAAAGAAAAUGUCAAAUAUAUUUUAAGCAUCAUUAAGUAUAAGAAAUCGAAUUGAUUAUACAUUUGUAGGCGCAGUGCUGUAGUCAAGAACUAGUGCUGUAAUUGAUCUGAUUAUCCAACAUCUGGAAGUUGCAUUCCUUUUUAUUUUUCACAUAUUUGUCACAUGUCUCAACAUAGUUUUAAGUUUAGAUAAACUCAAGCAGGCCCCUAUAACAUGUGAAUCAUACCUCUUAACGUCCAUUUUGACAUGUUUAAUUUAUCCAGUUAAAAAGUUAAAUACACAUUUUUUGCUGAAAGGUAUUUGGAUUUUCAUUUGACCCAGGCUCAAUAAUCUGCCAUGUCCUCUCGACACCCCUGAUGGGUGCAACUCUAUUUUUUAUUUUAAUGUCAAAUUGUGAGUUUGACUGAUGUAUGGACAUUUGUAUGAAGCUAUGCAUGUCGGAGAGAGUGGUAUCAAUCUGGUUGACUGGAAUCCUGAAUGAACAUUGGUAUACAUGUGUUUCACUGGUUUGUCUUUCCCAAUGUCUUUGUUUUUUUUUUUCUGUCCUUCUAGAAAAUGUUUGUCUUCUGUUAUUUAGUUCACUAUCAUUAUAUCCGUCUUUGCACAUAUUUACAUGUUGAAGAAACAAAUCAAAAUGUCGUGACAAAUCUGCGUUCAGUAAAGAGUUUCCAAGUUAAAAAAAAGUUUUUGUAUUUCUUCAAAAAUUAAACUAGUAAAACUAAAAUAGCAAAUUUUAUCAGAAUCCGAUCGGUUUUAUUGCCAAGAGAGAUUUCCCUGUAAAUAGUGCAUACAAAGACACAAAAAGAAAAACAUUUUUAAAGAAGGGAGCAAAAUGUAACAUGUCCCUUAACUGAACAUUGUUCCACAUGACGAAAUAGAUUACAAUUUGAAUCAGAUUAUUAUUUAGAAUAAAAUUCCAAAAAAUGAUGACAACGUUUUGCUUUAACGUCUCACUGCCGUCUGUCAGAUCAGCUGAUCUCCUCAUCGACCAAAACAGCUAACGCUAGCUCAACGUAGCCGGUGGGGGAAAUUAUGAAACAUGGCGAUUUAAUACCAAACGUUAAGGUAGGAUAUUGAAGAAAGGAAUUGCAUUGAAAACGAAUCGUGUUUUGUUGUGUAUAGUAGAUGUAACACGGUGUUUGUCUUAUAAACAUCGCUGACCCGUGUAGCUAUUUAGCAUUAAGCUAUCAUAGCAAACCUGCGUCAGUGGCAGAGGCUAACAGGCUAAAUCACCUAAACAAACGGGUAACCUUAGCUACACAAUUAUUAGCCACAUUGGUUUAAUAUCAAGAGGGCUCUUCCCUGAGAAAUAUACUGUGCAUUAAAUGUACAAUAGCGGGGAUGUUUAUACGUUAAUGUGGAAAUAUAACACACAUUAAUAAUUUGACCGCUUGGGAUUAUGGUUCGGUAGUUGUAUGGCCCAGUGUUAGCUUCAUAAAGCUAGCAUAACGUAUCAAUAUCACAUUAGUGUUAAAUCAAAUGUCCUCGACGCUGUGCAUAUAUUUGAUAGUACUUUCGUCGUAGUAAUAUUAGGAACAGUGUCCUCGGUUGUUCAAUAAUGCCUUUGAAUUAAAUUGGCUUUUUCAGGGUAAAAUAGCAAUUGCAUUUAAUGUGUUACAUUUUGUGUAUAAUAACUAUUAAUCAUCAAAGAUCCAGCUAGUUCACAGUCUUAUAGUGCUUUACAGUAGGCAGCUGAGAUACACAAGUAGUCAAACAACAGCAGGGAGAAGGAGUGAAGUCUGACUGGGAAUGUGUUCUUUCAUUUGUGCAUUUCUUGUUUUCAGAUCCUGGCUUUGGUAAGGAAUUGAGAGCUUCUGGCCACCAACCAGAUUGAAAGCUUUAACUGGUGACUAAGUAUGUCUUAUCAUUGAGAAUGGGAGGAAGCGGAUCCAAAGCCAAAGGUGUCUGGCCUUUCUCAGGCAAUGGAGCUGGAGGAGAGGCAGUCAGUGAUGAGACUGAGCAGUCUGUGUCCCGCCUCAAAGCUUCCAGAAAUGCAACCCCAUUUGUCUUCACCAGGAGGAGUUCUUUGUACUACGACGAAGACGGGGACCUUGCCCAUGAAUUCUAUGAAGAGACGGUUGUAACAAAAAAUGGCAGAAAAAAGUCCAAGUUGAAGAGGAUCCAGAAAAAUCUGAUUCCACAGGGAAUGGUGAAGCUGGACCACCCAUGUAUACAUGUAGAUUUCCCCAUCAUCCUCUGUGAGGUGUGAAGUUGCACAGGACUGAUCUACUAUGAAGUGCAGCCACAGGUUCUCUAUUUGGAGCAAAGUCUGGUCCCAAGAUGAGUUGUUCUCUGGAGAGAAAAAUUAAAAAUACAACUGAUAUAUUGAAUGAAAUGUCAUACAUUUUUAUUCAACUAUGAUCAGAGGGUGCCCUAUUCACAAAAUCCAUAUUUUGAUAUCCACAAAAGUAGUGUUGGUACAGGUCGUGUGUCCACUACCCAGCUGAUAUGUAGGCAGUCUAUACAAUACAUCAAACAAAGCUGUAUUUCUCUUGUGAGUUCUUUGCAGGGAAUAACAUCCUCGAUGUGAAAAGGCUUUAACGUUUUAUGCCUUCUGUGGGUCGUAGAGUGACUGUGUCUUUGUAUGUGUACAUGUGUGCACUUAGGUUUGUUUGAGGAAAUGUGUGUGACAGGGACUGAGGAUGUAGUUACAGGGUAGAAUUCUGAAGGAUUGUGAAAUGUAUUGUAUAUAUGAUCAUGUUCUGUAUUGUCAUGUCUGAGUCUGUCUCAGUAACCAGAGCUCAGACCUGCACUAGUGAACAUAAUGUACUGUAAAUAAUGUCAGAUUUCUUAGUUGGAAUUACUUGAAUAAAUGGUUUACUGAGCUGAA